CAACACACCGUUCCCAUUCAGAAAAAAUAAUCAAGAAUCCACAUCUCCAGGGAGCAACUACUACUACUGCUGCUGCUGCUGCUUACUGGACAAUUGAGAGAGAGAGCCAUGGGCCUUAAGGGGUUGAGGAGCGGCUGGACCGUGCCGCCCAAGCCAUGCGACUCCUGCAAGAUCGCUUCCGCGGCACUCUUCUGCCGCCCUGAUUCCGCCUUCCUCUGCAUAGCCUGCGAUUCCAAGAUUCACUGCGCCAACAAGCUUGCUUCCCGCCACGACCGAGUCUGGAUGUGUGAGGUCUGCGAGCAGGCACCUGCUGCGGUCACCUGCAAAGCUGACGCAGCAGCCCUCUGCGUCACCUGCGACUCUGACAUCCACUCUGCUAACCCCCUCGCCCGCCGCCACGAGCGCAUUCCCGUCGAGCCCUUCUUUGACUCUGCCGACUCCAUCGUCAAGGCCUCUGCCGCCUCCUUCAGCUUCGUCGUCCCAACCGACAACGGCAUCUCCUCUGACGGAUUCCCCAACGACGACGCCGCCUGGCUCAUUCCCAACCCAAACUACGGCUCAAAGCUUAUGGACGCCCCGGACAUGAAAUCAAGGGAGAUGUUCUUCUCAGAAAUGGAUCCCUUCCUCGAUUUCGAUUAUUCCAACUCCUUCCAGAACAACAACAACAACAACAGCGCCGGAAACGACAGCGUCGUUCCGGUUCAAUCCAAACCCGCUCCCAUGAUGAAUCACCAUGCCGAAGGUAGCUGCUUCGACAUCGAUUUUUGUAGAUCGAAGCUUUCCUCCUUCAACUAUCCAUCACAGUCUAUUAGCCAAAGCGUUUCUUCGUCUUCGCUUGAUGUAGGAGUGGUGCCAGACGGGAACACCGUCUCGGAUAUAUCGUACUCGUUCGGCCGGAACUGCUCCGAUUCGAGUGGGAUGGGAUCGGCGGGAAGUGGCGGCGGAGGUACGCAGCUGUGCGGGAUGGACCGUGAGGCGAGGGUGCUGAGGUACAGGGAGAAGAGGAAGAACCGUAAGUUCGAGAAGACCAUAAGAUACGCUUCGCGUAAGGCUUAUGCAGAAACCCGGCCCAGGAUCAAGGGCCGGUUCGCUAAACGGACCGAAAUCGAGUCGGAGGUGGAUCGUCUCUACAGCCCCGGCGGUGGUGUCCCAGGGUGUCUCAUGCUGGACAACCAAUACGGCGUCGUACCAUCGUUUUAGUAGCGUAGAAAAGGGAGUGAGUGGCAAAGUAGGGUGCAUGGGGAAAUGCUCUGUUCCUCUUUUCUCGCUAGUAUUUGGGGAUUGUAGAAUAAUGAAUGAUUAGUGAAUCUAUGGUAACCGUUGAUUGAAUCUUAUAAUUGGCCGUUGAUCUGAUGCAGAGCAUAUGAACAUUAAGAUUUGCUCUGCUGGAGAAAAAGCCCUCUAUCUUUUUCUGUAAACUUAUUAAAAUUAGGAAAAAGAAAACUGUAAAGGGCUUUGUGUAGAAUUAGAAUCUGUACUGUAAACUCUUUUCACCGCUUUCUCUGUCUCUUUCUCUUUCCAGUUAAAAAGUGUCCUUUUCCAAUC